AUGGAAGCUGAGAAGCUAAAUGUUGUGAUUUUAUGUGUUUUUGUAACUGCAAUAACAAUCCCAACAACAGUGAGGGCAAACAUUGCGGAUUUUGAUGAGCAUUGGCAGCAGAGAGCCGCAGAAGCCAAGAAGGCCGCCCAUGAAGCCUACCAUGAUGAUCCUAUAGCAGUCACCGAGCAUUUCAACAAGCAAGUCCUUGACACCUUCGAUUAUGCAAACAACACAAGAAGGAACUUGAACCAGAAGUACAAGGGUCCAUGCAUGGCUACAAACCCUAUCGAUCGUUGUUGGCGAUGCGAUCCCAAUUGGGAAAAAAAUCGCAAGAGGCUAGCCGAUUGUGCCCUUGGCUUUGGGCGCAAGGCAACUGGAGGGAAACUUGGACCAAUAUAUGUGGUCACAGAUAACACCGACGCUGACCUAGUGAACCCGAAACCCGGGACACUCCGCCACGCUGUGAUUCAAAAUGGGCCACUUUGGAUCAUAUUUGCUCGGGACAUGAGGAUAAAGCUGACUGAAGAGCUUCUGGUGGCCAGUGACAAGACCAUUGAUGCACGAGGUGCUAACGUGCACAUCCUCGAUGGCGCUCAAAUUUCAUUGCAGUUUGUGAAGAAUGUGAUCAUCACCAACCUCCACAUCCAUAACAACAAGCCUGGAAAUGGCGGCCUGAUUAGGGACUCUAUCAAUCACUUUGGACAGCGCACCCGUAGCGACGGAGAUGGAAUAUCCAUGUAUGGAGCCACAAACGUUUGGAUAGACCAUGUCUCUUUGUCAAAUUGCGCAGAUGGGCUCAUUGAUGCCAUCCAAGGCUCUACGGCCAUCACCAUAUCCAACUGUCACCUCACCAAUCAUAAUGAUGUGAUGUUGUUUGGUUCAAGUGAUAGCAACUCCCAGGAUCAAGUGAUGCAGAUAACUCUGGCUUUCAACCAUUUCGGGAAGGGGUUGGUUCAGCGGAUGCCAAGGUGCCGGUGGGGAUUUUUCCAUGUCGUCAACAACGACUAUACUCAUUGGCUUAUGUAUGCCAUUGGUGGCAGCCAACACCCUACCAUAAUUAGCCAGGGCAACCGGUUCAUUGCUCCGUCGAACCAAGCGACUAAAGAGGUGACUCAUAGGAACAAUGCACAAGAGGGCGAGUGGAGAUCAUGGAAUUGGAGAUCAGAGAAUGAUCUUAUGAUGAACGGAGCAUUCUUUGUUCAAUCCGGAAGCCCCAUUAGGAAUCUCCCAAAGGCAGAUAUGAUCCAGGCAAAACCUGGGUCAUUUGUGACCAGGCUCACGCGCUUUGCCGGUCCUCUUAAAUGCAUUAAAAAUAAGCCAUGUUAA